AUCCGGACGACACUGCACGUAUAUAAACGUAUACGCUGUUGCAGCCCCUUUGGAGGAACCAACAAGGACUUGAUUCCUUCUGAUUGGUAAUCCCUUCUUCUCGACUUUUCUUGGCCAACUUUUUUUUUUGGCCACGUCCAGUCGUCCACUCCGAUUGCUCCGCCUGCUUGGCGUAGUGUGCACACCCACUUCCGGUCCCGGUGAAGCCGCUGGCCAAGAUCCCCGACCAUGGCAGUCUCAGUGGUGCUUGCUGCCACGACCAUGCAGUCGCCGUCUUCUUUAGAUACAAAUCCUCAAGAGCGCAACGCCACAUACAAUUCCCAUUGCCAUUCCAAUUCCCAUUCCAAUUCCAAUUCCAACUCGAGCCCCUCGUCCUCACCCCGCCAAUUUCCUACAGACCUCGGCAGCCCCAUUCUUGAGGAGGGCGAUGAGACGGAUAGCGAGCCUCCAAAUGAGCCAGUCACUCCUGUGAGCGGUCGCCAGUCUCAGGACUUUCAGAAUCACGACAUUUCCUCCGACGCGAACCACGAAUCCCUCGCCUCCAAAUCACUCCGCCCUGUCGUCAACCACCCCUCUCCUAAACCAUCACUUAUCCUCAAUACCGCCGCCGCCUCGCCUGCAAUAGCACCCGACGAAUCCUCAAAGUCUCCCUCAAAGUCUCCCGGGACGCCCGCGAUAGCCGAUCCAGAAUCGGGACAAGUUCCGCUUCAACGACGAUCAACUCGUGGCUCGACUUCGAGUUUCAAGCGCACAAUGUCUAGCCUCUUCCGGCGCUCAAAUUCGCAAUAUGAUAAGGCAGGAUUCGCCCUGCCCGAGCCUGUUUGCAAUGGCGCCUCCGAGAAGAAGGCACCAGCCCGCCGCUGGUCCAUGAACAAGAGCUCAAAUACAACUCGCUCCAACACACCCCCUUCGCCCUCCCCCAGUUCUUCUCUCGAGAUGACGUCGAAGACGCGAGAACAGCCGUCGACCCUUGCGCCUCCGGUUCCCGACGAGUUUUUCAGUUCCAGGAAGAAGGACCGCGCAUCAACCGGACUCAGCUUAAGAUCUCGCGCUGUGAAUUUUGUCACAGGCUCGGGCAGUCUCCAUCCAGAAUCGUCAAGACCUACCAGCUUCAUGCGCCGCCGGGCGUCGAGCGCCGACUUCUCUCAACCACCGCCCCCGCAUCGAGUCAACCCCGAGGACCCGAUUCAUGUGGACAGGGCUUUCUGGGGAUUGCCUGCCGAGACUGGCACCGGUGUUAAGGCUCGCCGCAUGAGUCUGUCCCUCCCCGACGAUUUCAAUGUCGAUGUCAUCGAGCUUGAAGACGAGUUCGAAUUCCAGCACAAGUUCCUUGGUCGCCGCGGGAAGCAGAUCGGCAAGGGUGCAACGUCCAAGGUCACGCUGAUGGUCAGAAAGGGCAGUCCGACAGAAUUAUACGCCGUCAAGGAGUUCCGUGGCAAGUCGUCAAGAGAAACCCACGAGGAAUACGAGAAGAAGGUGAAGUCGGAAUACACCCUCGCCAAGUGUCUUCACCAUCCCAACAUAGUGGAGACGGUGCGCCUCUGCACGAACCGCGGCCGGUGGAACCACGUGAUGGAGUACUGUUCGGAAGGUGAUCUCUUUACUCUUGUGAACAAGAAGUAUCUCAAGAAUGAUGAUCGGGAGACGGACCGGAAUUGCCUAUUUAAGCAGCUGAUCCAGGGCGUCAACUACCUCCACACCAACGGCAUUGCCCACCGCGAUAUCAAGUUGGAGAACCUGCUCAUCACCGAAGACAGCAGACUCAAGAUUACCGACUUUGGCGUAUCAGAAGUCUUCUCGGGAAUCCAUCCCGGCCUCAGAGAGGCGGGAGGUCAGGUCGGCAAGAACAUGGGCGAGGUACGUCUCUGUUCGCCUGGUAUCUGCGGCAGCGAGCCGUACAUCGCCCCCGAGGUACUCAGCAAGGCGGGCGACUACGAUCCUCGCCCACUUGAUGUCUGGAGUUCGGCUAUCGUGAUGAUUCACCUAAUCUUCGGCGGUGCACUGUGGUUUAAGGCAGAAGCCACCCCGGGCAACGAGAACUACAGGGCCUUGGUGAAGGGAUGGGUCAAAUGGAAUGCCCAGAACGACGACGGGGCCAUCAUCACCGAGCAGGACUACCCCAAGGUUUUGGCCUUUGAUAGAUGCGUCAAGCCUCCCGCACUGCGCCGAAUCCUACUCCAAAUGCUGAAUCCCGACCCGGAAAAGCGCAUCAGCAUCUCGAGCGUCAUCAACAACCGGUGGAUCAAGAACAUCGAGUGCUGUCAAGUUGAGAGCUACGAGGACCCCACCAAGAUGAUCGAUGCGUCAAAGAUGCAAACCCUCAACCGCGGUGGGCAGAAGAAGAUCUUCUGCCACAACCAUCUGCCCCCGAAAGAAUUCGGCACUCAUUCUCUUGGAAAGAUGCCCGGUAGCGCAGGCUACUGAUUUAUCCACAACCCCUCCGAGUUCUAUAUAUCGCCACGAACCCAAUUUGGGCAACGACAGUUAUAUAAGCCGGCCGGACACUCACGUUUACCUUCCCCCCUAAUCUUGCAUAUUUCUUCUUGAUAAUCUGGGUCCAAUCACGCUGAACCGGAACGGGCGAAUACAUUCACAUAGAGCGGCGUUCGGGGACCCCCCGGAAUCAUCAACACCUGCAUUCUGGUUGUUUUAUUUUUGGGUUUUCAACUUUGGCCUCUUUCCUUUUCCCCCUCUUAUUUCCCCUCCCCGAUCAGGC